GCGUCACACUCGGCAUGAGUAUUAUUCUUAGUAUUAAAGUUUUUGUAUUCUUUGUUCAAUAGAGUCUCAAAAGGACAAUUUGUUUUGUAAAGCUGUUCACUUGGGCAUAAUAAUUAUGACACACUGGAUCUUACAGCUGUAAAAGCUGCUGUGUUAUCCAAAUAAUCAUGCCUCGUAUUAAUUGUUUGUAAAUAAAUGCUUAAUGGUUGUACGUUUUUGUGUGUUUAUAGUUGGGAUCAUGGAGGGUCACUGAUGAUCCAACCAGGAUUUAAAAAAUAUGCGGUUGAUCUCACACUGGAUCCAAACACAGCAAAUGCUAAACUCCUCUUGUUUGACAGGAACAGAAAGAUCACGUAUGUGGAUAAUCCUCAGCCCUAUCCUGAUCAUCCAGACAGAUUUGCUGAUGUUCCUCAGGUACUGUGUAGAGAGACUCUGACUGGACGCUGUUACUGGGAGGUUGAAUGGGGCUCCUGGGCUCGUAUAGCAGUGGCCUACAGAGGAAUCCUUAAAGAGCGAGGGACUGUCUCUAAGUUUGGAUACAGCGACAAAUCCUGGUGUCUCUUCUGCACUGGUGAUGUAUUUGUUCCCUGGCACGAUAACAAGAGUAACGUCCCAAUACAUGUAGCACAAUCUAAAAGAGUCGGAGUGUAUGUGGACGUGCCGUCCGGCUCUCUGUCCUUCUACAGCAUUUCUGACAACCACACACCCACACACAUACACACAUUCAACACCACAUUCACUGAGCCCCUCUAUGCUGGAUUUAAGGUGUUUCAGUCUUCACUGUCUCUGUGCCAGAUUUAGCAUCAAAUGCAUGUUUAAAGGCCUGUGAAUAUCGCAGUGCUAUUCGCCAAUGCUUUUAUUAAAGGGGUGCCAAUAUGGUUGAUCAUAUCAAUGUGCAAAAUGCCAAGUUUCCCAUGCAAACAUUCACCAGUUCGAUCCUAGUUUGGAGCGGUUGGGUCUGGUUACAUCUGGAGCUGGUGAAGUUACAGUAAAUAUGACUUUAAAGUUUUAGCCGAGCACACUGUCACUUCCAUUCCUUAUGUAGAAGAUGAUGCACCAAGGGAAGAUGAAUGUAGAUCUGCUUUUUUAUCUAAACACAAAGAGCUGCUUGAUAAACACUGUCAGCAGGAGGGAAAUGUUAUGGAGAGUAAGGCCCAAUCCCAAUUCUACCCCUUAGUCCUUUCCCUUACCCCUCGUUUUGCGCGUGCCCGUGAAGGAGUAGUGGUGUCCCAAUUCUCUAUAGCUUGAAGGCAUAGGGCUAAGAGCAAGCGGUAUACACCUCUUCAAAUGAAGAUUUUUCUGGAGCACACUCGAAACCAAAGGGUAGAGAAAAUUUUGGACUAACCUGUAUUUUUUGUCAUUAUUACAAAUUUUUA